AACUGGAAUGUCUCUGAAGGAGAGAGCCUUGUAUAGCCCCUCUACUGGGAGGGAGAUGUCACAUCAGUGACCAUGUUCCUUAAGGGCCCUUUAGGAGAGAAAGAUCUGAUUUGUAAUGGUUUUGACAAAAACAUCAGUUUGAGCCGGAGUCCAUUAGUGUGUCAGGGAAUCUCUACAGAAGAGAGGCCACACCCAUGCUACUCUCCAGAGAACUUUCAGCACAGUACAGACCUAACUGGCCGGGAGGGGUUUCCUACACUUGAAAGCCCAUUCAUAUGUAUUGGUUGUGGGAAAACAUUCAGAGGAAGCCUUGACCUUGUUCGGCAUCAGAGAGCCAACUUUGGAGAGAAGUCUUUUAUGUGUUCUGAAUGCAGAAUAUCCAUUAGCCAGCACUCUGUUCUUAAAAACCACUGGCAACCUUACCUAAAUGUGAAACCCUGCCAACGUGGCAAGUAUACCAAAGUGUUUCAGGGGCACAGAGACUUUGCAAGGCAUCAGGUUCACCAACACAAUGAGUUUUAUGUGUGUAAGGAAUGUGGGAAAGCCUUCAGCCAGAACUCAAGCCUUAAAAAACACCAAAAGUCCCACAUGAUUGAAAAGCCUUAUGAAUGCAGUGGAUGUGGAAAGGCUUUCAGGAGGAGCUCAAACCUCAUCCAGCAUCAAAGAAUCCAUUCUGAAGGAAAACCGUAUAUAUGCAACCAGUGUGGGAAAGCCUUCAGGCACACCUCAAACCUCAUUAAACACCACAGAAUUCACACGGGUGAGAAGCCUUUCGAGUGCAAUGAGUGUGGUAAAGCCUUUAGCCAGAGUGGACACCUCAGGAAGCAUCAGAGGGUUCACACUGGAGAGAAACCAUUUGAGUGUAAUGAUUGUGGCAAGUCAUUCAGUCGCAUCUCAAACCUCAUUAAGCAUCACAGAGUUCAUACUGGAGAGAAACCUUACCAAUGCAGUGACUGUGGGAAAGCAUUUAGCCAGAGUUCUAGCCUUAUUCAGCAUCGGAGAAUUCACACUGGAGAGAAGCCUCAUGUGUGCAGUGUGUGUGGGAAAGCCUUUAGUUACAGUUCUGUGCUCAGGAAGCACCAAAUAAUUCAAACAGGAGAGAAGCCGUACAGGUGCAGUAACUGUGGGAAGGCCUUCAGCCACAGCUCAGCUCUCAUCCAGCAUCAAGGUGUGCACACUGGAAACAAGCCCUAUGAGUGCCACGAAUGUGGAAAGACCUUCAGUCGUAGUUCCAACCUUGUCCUUCACCAUCGAGUCCACACUGGAGAAAAACCUUAUGAAUGUGCUGAAUGUGGGAAGACCUUCAGCCAAAGUUCAACCCUCAUUCAGCACCAGAGGAUUCACAAUGGGUUAAAACCUCAUGAAUGUAGCCAAUGUGGCAAAGCCUUCAACCGAAGCUCGAAUCUCAUCCACCACCAGAAAGUUCACACUGGGGAGAUGUAAGGAGUACUGUUUUUCUGCCUGCCGCCGCUGGUCUUGUCCCGCGGCCGCGCCAGCCCCAAAUAACACACAGAGACUCUGUAUUUGAUACUAUGCUGUUGGCCCGGUUACUUGUUUCUUAUCGGCUAGCUCUGCCUUAAUUAUUAACCCA